CCAACCCAUCGCAAGCCUCGCUGGGCUCGAGCGGAUCCUUAAACGCCACCACUCCAACGCCCACCAGUUCGACAGCGAAUCCACAUCCACGGUUCUACUCCUCGCUGGCGCAGAUGUACCGCAAAUCCUCGAGCCCAGCCCGGCAAGGACCGACCGGUGGUAGCGGUGGACGUGGCGUUGGACGUUACGCAAAAGCAAACCGCUCUCCAGCAGCCAAUGGAAUGAGUUCGCUGCCACGUCCGCUAAACUCGCGAACCGGCGGUGAAUUACGGCGAAGUUCCGCCGCCGGAUUGAACGUGGUAUCGCAGCGACCUCCACUGCCACCGAAGAUCGAACUGCGCAGCCACAGCUACGAUGGGUUGCUGGACGAUCCGGUGGUGAGCCAGCGAAUGCCACGAAAGGCACCGAUUGGCACGACGACGACGACGCCGGUGGUGGUGGUGGCGUAUCGAGGGGCUCGAACGGCAACCGAAGGACAUGAUCAUGCAGAUGGUGCAGAUGAAAGGACGACGACCGGUGGAGAAACAUCGACGAGACGAUCUCACGCGGGCAAGAAGAUCGACGGCACGACGUCGGAAGCACUGAUGAAGAGCAAAAACAGGAGAUCGCGCAGCAUGGACGAUCUGUUCGACGAUGACGGUGGUGCACCGGGUGUGGAGUGCGAUUUUCUCGACAACACGCAAAGCAUGGAAACGCUGCUCGCUUCCGGACCGGUGACACCGACGGAUUGUGGCCCAGAUUCACCGCCCAUCUUGGGCCUGGGAGGUGGUGGCAACAUUUGUCUGAACCGGCGCUUUAUUUCGGACGAUGAGCGGCAACGUGGGUUGGAGGACUCGCAGGACUCUCGAUCAACGUCUCAGGAGCAGCUGUGCGAGAAGGAAACCAUCACCGUCGACAGCACGGCUCCCCGGACACUGGACGACGGGCAGGACGAUGGUCUGGUGCAGGAAAAACCCCGGGACGGCAACGACGAAGAGGAAGACGACCAAUCGACGCAUUCAUCCGUGGCGUCCUCGCUCGGAUCGAGCAGUACGGCGGGAGAGAAAGCAGCACCCAAGAAGGCCCCGAAACCGUUGAUCAAUCGUUACGUGAAGAAGGUUAAAUCGUUGAUGAAAAUGUGACCACCUUUGCGGCUCUCGAAUAAGCGAACAAGUUACUCUUUGGGAGGCGCCUUUUUUUUGUUGUUGUUGUCGGACGAACCAUUUCGAAUUAAUAGUCAUCGCCCCACGGCCAGCGCUGGUGGGCGGGUGCUCUUGUGAUCUUCAGGGUGAUCCUUUACACGUUUCACCCACCACGUGUGCUUUGCGCGUUAUAGUUUCAUUAGUUGGGCGCAUUUUUCGGAACGUAAACAAACAAAAAACGCAACGAAAAAAAAACAGGACAAAUCACGAAUGCGAUAGCGAUUUAUUGUUGUGCGUAAGCUAGCGUGUAAGAAAGAGUGAGCAGCCGCGGAAAGCAUACACAACCAACUCUCCCCCACGUCUACAUUUACUAGGCUCUAACGACCACCUUUAUGUAUUGUUAUCGUUCUAAUUUAACGUACCGCUACCUACUUACAUUAUUGUGAUUAGUUUCGCGCAUCGAUCGCGAGAUGCUGGAACAUUGUAAAAUAUAUUAUUUAGCAUUACGGAACGGAUGGAUGGCUUCCUGCGCGCGGGAAGCGAAUGUGUACCGGCUGUAUGGUGUUUUAGACCAGGUUAGAAGCGAAGAGAAGCAGAAGAAGUCAGGCAGUUAGGGCCCACCGGCCAAUACCGUCAAAGUAUCGUAGGAUGCGACAUAUGCGCGCCUUAAGGAUGUUAAUAUUUUCAUUUGUUUUAACACUACCGUACCUUCGAUGUAAAUAUGCGAUAGAAAAAAACCACACACAACAACAACACAACCCGAGAAUGCUAUUUAAUUUCGCUUAUGCUCGCGCGCGCGCGAGAAACUCAUGCUAAUUAAUGUAAUACGGAAGCUACACACACACACACAUGCGUCACAGGAAGUCGAGCGGCGAUUUCCCUUCGUUUCGUCCAACCGUGAGACCUUUCUCAGUCGAUGAACGCAUAAACGGGCCCGGCCCACGCCGAAUUAGUGCUUUAAAAUUGUGAAAAAUUGAUGUAAACACGACGAAAAAAACGCUAUUUGUAUUGUUUUUGAAUGAUAUCAAUAAAGCAAACAAAAACUCACCAA